AUGUUGUCAGAUAAUAUUGUUGUAUCAGAUCGUAUCAGCAAGUUUGAUCAGAUUAAUAUUCUAGGCCAACAAUUCACAUCGAUGAGUUGCAGAAACAAACGAGGUGCAUAUAUACAGGUAAUUCAUCCAGCAAAAGAAGGCAUGUUUUGUAUUGGGAGAGUACUGUACUUCUUUACACAUAGUUUAUCGUUUCCUGGAGAAGAUUUGUUUUGUCAUCGAAAAAAUAAGCAACAUGUAUUCGCAUUUGUAGAAUGGUACCAAGCUCCUCAAAACAACUUUGAUUCUUUUUUUGUUCAUAACAUAGAAGUUUGGAAGAAUAGUUUUGAGCCCUUAAGUGUUUCGUCUAUAUUACCUGUACAACGAAUACAUACUUGUGUUGCAAUUACUGACUACAUUGAUAAUUGUAUUUUAGCUAUUCCUUUACCAAGAAAAACCAUUGGUACUUAA